AUUUUUCUUUAAAGAGCUAGCUUAUAUAUAGGUUGUGCAAUUUUGAACAUAUAGCCAAGAGCUUAUAGCUUGAACCUUGAAGAAGAUGUCAACAAUGUCUAACCCAACAAGGAGGCUGCAUGGGAAGGUGAGUCUCAUAACCGGAGCUGCCAAAGGCAUCGGUGAGGAGACGGCGAGGCUAUUUGCUGCCAAUGGUGCUUUUGUUGUUGUAGCCGACAUCGACGAUGAACUAGGGAAGAUAGUGGUUGCGUCCAUCGGUGUUGAGCAGGCCAGCUUUCAUCAUUGUGAUGUGAGAGACGAGAAGCAAGUUGAAGAAACGGUGAACUAUACCGUCGGAAAAUACGGCCGCCUCGAUGUUCUUGUCAGCAAUGCUGGCAUUGUGGGCACUCCUUCUUCAAUUCUAGAGCUCAACAUGUCUAACUUCGACAAUGUAAUUUCGACUAACGUUCGGGGAGUGGUUGCGACCAUCAAACAUGUUGGACAAGCAAUGGUUAAGCAAAAUAUACGGGGCUCAAUCAUCUGCAUGGCGAGCACAACGGCUUUAAUUGCCAUGAACAUAUCAUCAAUGGCAUACAUAAGCUCAAAGCAUGCUUUAUUGGGGGUGGUGCGGUCGAGCUGUGGGGAGCUCGGGGAAUACGGCAUUAGGGUGAAUUGUGUGUCACCACACGCGGUAGCGACAGGGAUGAUUAGCCAAUGUUUGAAUAUGGAAUGGAGUGAGAUUGAAGAGAUGGUUUGUUCAUCGGCAAGCUUGAAGGGUGUGGUGUUGAAGACUAACCAUAUAGCUGAGGCUGCUUUGUUUCUUGCAUCUGAUGAAUCAAUUUAUAUUACUGGACACAACCUGGUCGUUGAUGGAGGCUUCACCGCGGUCAAAUCAUUAAUGUGAUGUCUCUCUUAUAAUUUAUUGUGUGAUUUUAUGAUAUUGUAUUCCCAUUAAUACUUAAAUGUUUGAAUAACAUUGAGAUUAGCAUGUUUAAGUUGUUCCUUUUAGUACAAUACUUGUGAAAAUAGGAGAUCCAAUUUCUGACCUUUAGAGAGCAAUAUCAUGUUAAUUAUCG